CGCGUGAGCGCCUGGGAGUGCGCGCGCCCGCGGGCCCGGAGUGGGUGGGUGUGCGCGCGUGUGUGAGGCCGCCUGCAGGAGGCGAGGCUGCCCUGGCCUCCCGCACCAGCCGGUGGAACCCAGCCCGGGAGGGAAGUCGCUGCAGCCGUCCGGCGGCCCUCCUGCCCUUUGGCCAGGAAUUUUAGCGUGUUUGUUUUCUGGGGCUGAGGAGAAAAUAAGAUUGAAGUCACAAAAGCGAAUGAAAUGAAAUAAAAGCCAAACAUUGUUAAUUGGAAGCUAGGAUCAAUGGGAGAAACAUCUUGUGAAGUCGAUGUUGGCCAAAAUUGGUGCCUCUGACGAUCAUGGGAAGGUCAAGGCUUACAGUUCCUCCUAGCAUGACCGAGAUCUGAUCGGCCAACCCAAGCAUUGUCUCUUGUACCUGGCAUUACAGUGCUGGGGCCAUUUCAUUACUCCAGACUACAGCGCUGUCAUGGCGGCUGCCUCUACUUCCAGCCCUGUAAUUUCACAGCUCCAGUUCACAGCCAUGAACGAACCACAGUGCUUCUACAACGAGUCUAUUGCCUUCUUUUAUAACCGGAGUGGGAAAUAUCUUGCCACAGAAUGGAACACGGUGAGCAAGCUGGUGAUGGGACUGGGGAUCACAGUCUGUGUGUUCAUCAUGCUGGCCAACCUACUGGUCAUGGUGGCAAUCUACGUCAACCGCCGCUUCCAUUUCCCUAUUUAUUACUUGAUGGCCAACCUGGCUGCUGCAGACUUCUUUGCUGGAUUGGCCUACUUCUACCUGAUGUUCAACACAGGACCCAACACUCGGAGACUGACUGUUAGCACAUGGCUCCUCCGGCAGGGCCUCAUUGACACCAGCCUGACGGCCUCUGUGGCCAACCUGCUGGCUAUUGCCAUUGAGAGGCACAUCACAGUUUUCCGCAUGCAGCUCCAUACACGAAUGAGCAACAGGCGUGUGGUGGUGGUGAUCGUGGUCAUCUGGACCAUGGCCAUUGUGAUGGGUGCCAUACCCAGUGUGGGCUGGAACUGUAUCUGUGAUAUUGAUCAUUGUUCCAACAUGGCACCCCUCUAUAGUGACUCCUACUUAGUCUUCUGGGCCAUUUUUAACCUGGUGACCUUUGUGGUCAUGGUGGUUCUCUAUGCUCACAUCUUUGGCUAUGUUCGCCAGAGGACUAUGAGAAUGUCCCGGCAUAGUUCUGGACCCAGGAGGAACCGGGACACCAUGAUGAGCCUUCUGAAGACUGUGGUCAUUGUGCUUGGUGCCUUUAUUGUCUGCUGGACCCCGGGACUGGUCUUGUUACUGCUGGAUGUCUGUUGCCCACAGUGCAACGUCCUGGCCUAUGAGAAGUUCUUCCUCCUCCUCGCUGAGUUCAACUCCGCCAUGAACCCCAUCAUCUACUCCUACCGUGACAAAGAGAUGAGCGCCACCUUCAGGCAGAUCCUGUGCUGCCAGCGCAGCGAGAAUGCCAAUGGCCCCACAGAAGGCUCUGACCGCUCAGCCUCCUCCCUCAACCACACCAUUCUGGCUGGAGCUCACAGCAAUGACCACUCUGUGGUUUAGAAGGAAGCCAGCCAGCCUCUGUGAAGCUGUGAACCCCCACCCCCUGUUGCCAGGGCAAGGUGGGGAGCCAGAGGAGAGGAAGCUACUCCUGUACUUAAACACUAACCAAUGGCAGUAUUUGUCCCUAGACCCAAGAGACUUGACAUAGCCUGGGGAUGAACCUAUGUGGCAGCCCCCUUCUUCUUCUUCUUCUUCUUCUUCUUCUUCUUCUUCUUCUUCUUCUUCUUCUUCUUCUUCUUCUUCUUCUUCUUCUUCUUCUUCUUUCUCCUUCUCCUUCUCCUUCUCCUUCUCCUUCUCCUUCUCCUUCUCCUUCUCCUUCUCCUUCUUCUUCUUCUUCUUCUUCUUCUUCUUCUUCUUCUUUGGAAAAUAGAAAGUGUAUAUCUGGCAGUGGAAUUCAGAAACAGACUCUGGGGUGACCGUGUAGCUGUCACUAACUAGACUUAAAAGGUUUUGUGUGGUUUGGCCUAAGCCAGAAGAGAAAUCUGCCAAAUUGAGCGCACGACUUCAUACAGGCUUCCCCUUUAAAAUACAAAACAAAAUGCUCUGGAGGAUACAUUUCACUUAAUAAGUAUGUUUAUUCCUGUCAGCAUGUUUCUGGUUGAAAAGACUGUUAAAUUGACAUAGGAGAAUUUUUUUCCACUAUGGAGGAAAACUGUAAAUUAGAAUGUUCUUUUUUUUGUGUGUGUGUGUUUGUUUAGAAAGCAAGCAUGUGGUGUGUGUAUACAGUAUGUUUUUCUUUAAAGAUGAAAGGAUAAUAUUUUAACUCUUCUAGGGGAUAGAAGAAUCUAGUAAAAAUCAGUAUUCAUUUGGGCUAUGGAAGAAACAAUAUCCUCACCACUUUACCUUUUAAGGUAUUGGAACAGGCAUGAAAGGCGGGGAGUGUGAGCUUAUCACCUGAGAGAAGAUGAAGCGUGGUAGUACUGUCCCCACAUAGUUAAGACACCCAAGUGCAUUCUUAUUGCCAGGACAUUAGCGGAUUUUUUUAAAAGCCUGUGGUUUUCCAAGUUAUAAAAUUAUACAUACUUAAUAUAGAAAACUUGAAAAUUGCAGAACUGUGUAAGAAAGAAUAAGAAAAGAAAGAUUACUGAUAUAACAACCCAGAGGUAACCAUCUUUACCAGCUCAUGCAUGUGUGCUUACAGACAUAUAUUAUAUACUUUUUUACAUAAUUGGAAUGAUAUUGUAAAUUUUUUUGUAACUUUUUCUUUCAGAAUUGCUAGGUUUUCCUAUGGCAUUAUUAUUAUUAUUAUGUUUUUUUUUUACAAAAACAGUGUUAGCAGCUAUAUAAUAUUCCAUUUAAUGGAUACAGCUCAGUUUAUUUAACCAUUCCUGUAUUGUUGACUAGAUUUUUUUUAAAUUUUCAUUAUUAUAAUAUUGGAAGAAUCUUGUGUACAUAAAACUUUGCCAGUAUCGUUGAUUAUUUACUUAGGACCUAUUCCCAUGAAGGACCUACUUUUUAAAAUGUGAAAUGUCCUCAUGUGUUUUCACUUUAUAAAAAGGGACAUUCUACUUUCAAACUGCAGGGGUGGCAGUGUAAAUGUCCCCAAAGUUACCUUUUUACAGAAGAAACACAGUGGUUACUCUAGUUGAGAAUGACUUCUUAACAAGAUGCUUCCCAAUAACCAAGAUGACCUAAUGUAGCUAGCGAUUUCCCUUUUGUGUUUUGAGGGAAUGGUGAUCCCAUUCUUGGCAGCCACGGCUGUCACGUCGAAUUGAAGAAAACACAAUGAAAUCACAGAAGUGAGUCCAGCAUUGCUGUACUAAGUAGCCUGGGUGGGGUCUGUUAGCAACUGGCUGCUGUGUGUGUGUGUCUCCAGCAAUUGCCCAAUAGAUGCUCAUGUUCAGAGAUGCCUGGUACAUUGUCCGGGUGGCUGGUGGCCCUAUUGGUGUGCUAAAAGGAGCAACGAGGAAGAAACACAGCCCUGAAGCAGGUGUGGGAAGGUCAGGAGGAUGUCUGAGAGAAAGAAGUCCUGAAGAGAGUGGCAUUCUAGGGAGGGGGAAGGUGAAGUGUGGCCCUUAUCCGCACAGAGGGAAGGCCCAUGAAAUGUGUCUGGUGAACAAAAAAAAGUAGGUGGAGAGCCAGUUAGCAGGAGAAAGAUUUUGCUCAGAGUUUACACAAAAUGCAGAAGUUUUAUUCUGGAAAUGAGUGAAAUGAAUUUGGACGUUUAUUAAUGCCAUUUUUAUGGGGGUGAUAAGGACUAUUUGAAUUGAAAUGCAUACUAAUUGGACCUUAAUAAAUCAUUCUCAAUCAGUGUUUGGCAA